AAUUAAGAAAUCUCAUUACGGAGAAACUGCGAUUGAAUGAUAUCAUAUCGCUAGACGCAUUUUCAGUACUUAACUUUAUAAACAAAGUUAAUUAGAAGGUUGAUCAACACAGAUAACGUUAUAAAUAUAAUUUUAAUUGUAAACUAAGGAUAAAUAAAUAUAUAUAUAUAUAUGGGUAUCUACCGUGUAACAGUUCACACAAUUCAGAAAGUGUGAAGCGAAGAUAAAAAAUAAUGAACGUAUAUCAUAUUUUCAUAUUAAUCCAUAAAAUAUGUUUCACACAAGUAGAUGAUUAAUGUAAACGUUUGAUUAGUGCGGUUUAAAAAACAGGGUCGUGUUGUUAAAGCAACUGAUAAGCUAGCCAGAUAGAACAGUUUAUUUAUAAAGAGUAAAACAGUAGAAGAUAAUAUUUAUUCAUAUUGCCUCUCUCGUCUCUGGAUGCUCUCAACGAAGCAGAAGUUAUAUGAAAUGCGCAUUAACUGUACUAGAUUAAUAACAGGAAGACGGCGGUAUUCGUCAUCUGCGGUACGAUUACCGGAUCACGCAGAUGUUGUAGUGAUAGGUGGAGGUAACGCGGGCUGUAAUGCCCUUUAUCAUUUAGCAAAGCGCGGUGUCAAUGCUGUAUUGUUGGAGAAAUCGAAAUUAACGUCUGGCACGACAUGGCACACCGCAGGUCUCGUAUGGGGAGUACGAGGGCCGUACGAUACUGAGAUUCAAUUACUAGCUACUACUAAACAAGUUGUUCAGUCACUGGAAAACGAAACAGGGCUGAAUUCAGGAUGGGUACAGAAUGGUGGUCUUUACCCUGCGCGCACCAAAGAACGUUGGUACUCUUACCAGAGAAUAGCAGCCGUUUCUAAAGUUUUUGGCGUAGAAGCGCAAGUUGUUUCACCCAAAGAGGCAAGGGAAUUAUUUCCUCUGAUGAGCGAAGAAGGUAUUAUAGGAGCCCUCUACUGUGCAGAUGAUGGGGUCGUUGACCCUUCCAUGUUGAUAAACGCUUUAAUAAAGUCGGCUAAAGGAAAUGGUGCCCAGAUCUUUGAAGAUUGUCCUAUCACGAAGAUACUCACUAAGGAAACUAUUUUGAAUAAGAAAAAGGUUUACGGUGUGGAAACCCCAUACGGAACCAUAAAGACAGAUAUUAUUUUGAACGCGGCUGGAGCAUGGUCGAAAAAAAUAGCAAACAUGAUUAACUUAGAUAUUCCUGUAAUGCCGAUUCAGCACACUUACGCUAUUACUGAGACCAUGGAAGGAGUGCAGAAUUAUCCACAUAUCAGAGACAACGAUAUGAGUACAUAUGUUCGAAUCCAGGGAAAUUCAAUGUACAUAGGCGGUUACGAGAAGAAUCCAUUUCAAAUAUCAACUGCUCCUGAAAAUUUUGCGUUCGGUCUUUACGAAGUGGAUUGGGACAUGUUCAACACAUUCUUGGGUCCUUUGAUGCAAUUGGUUCCUAAACUAUCGACAACAGGAAUAAAGAAAACAAUAUGCGGACUGGAGAGCUUCACUCCUGAUCUUAAACCGAUUAUGGGUGAGGAUCCGCAAUGUUCGGGAUUCUUUUAUUCUUGCGGUUAUAACAGCGCUGGUAUGAUGUUAGGAGGCGGAUGCGGGCAACGCAUCGCGCAGUGGAUAAUUAAUGGGCGGCCGAAUGAUUAUAUGUUCAAUUUUGAUAUUAGAAGAUUUUCUCCGGUACAAAGAAACAAUUUUACUUGGUUAAAGGAAAGAACUUACGAAGCUUAUGGAAACAAUUAUGGUAUUAAAUUUCCGUACGACAAACCGUUGAGUGGCAGGAAUCUUAGAACAGACCCUUUCCACGAGUUACUCGUUGAAAGAGGUGCCAUUAUGGAAGACUGCCAAGGCUGGGAGAGGCCUGCAUGGUUCUCAAACAAAAAAGUAGAAAUUUUACCAUACGCUUAUAACGAAACAAAUCGGGAUGAUAAAUACCGCGAGAUAGUAGAAAAAGAGUGUACUUUUAAUUUGUCACCGUACGAUCAAAUAAUUCGGGAAGAAGCACUUGCUUGUCGCAAAAGCGUUGCUUUAUUCAAUGUGUCUAGUAUUGGAAAAUUCUAUCUUUGCGGGCCUGAGGCUCAAAAAGCGGCAGACCACUUGUUCACCGCAAGUACGAACUGCAAUUCCAACGAAACUAUUUACACGCUUAUGUUGAAUCGGAGUGGAGGAAUCGAAGCGGACUGUACAGUUACAAUUUUGGAGCCCGGCUCCAGUGGAAUCGUGGAUCCGAUAUUUAAAGACAAGGCGUUCUACAUACUCACAAACGAUUCAUCUUAUUAUCAAACUUGGGCUCACAUGAGUAAAGUAAUAGAGGAAAAAGGUUUUGACGUAACGUUACAUGAUGUUACCGAACAAAUUGGUGUUCUAUCCGUGCAAGGACCUAAUAGUCGAAACUUAGUGGAGAGAUUGAUAGAACAUGAAAUCUCAGAUGAAACUUUCAAAUAUGCAACAACAAGAUUAGCGAAAGUUAAAGGAGAAAUAGUACGUUUGAUUAGAUAUAGUACGGUUGGUGAACUUGGCUUCGAGUUGCACAUUCCAAAAUCGUCGUGUCGUCUAGUUUAUACAAACUUAAUUGAGUGCGGUAAACCGUACAAUAUGAAACACGCUGGACAUCGAGCACUCUCUAGUCUUAGUUGUGAAAAAGGUAAUCUCAUUUGGGGAUUAGAUAUUAGAACGGAUGAUAAUCCCGUGGAAGUUGGACUUGAGUCCAUUUGUCGUGAGUCUGGCGAAUAUUUAGGGAAAGCAGUUAUCGAUCGAUUGCGAACAGCUGGGAUAAAAAAGAAGUUCGUUCGUCUUCACGUAGAUAGCUCCAUUCCACUGUGGGGUCUAGAAGUUAUAUACAGAGACAAUCAUCUAGUUGGUUAUUUACGAAGAGGGGAAAAGGGAUACAGUUGUGAAAAGGCGAUAGGGCACGGGUAUAUAAAGCAUCCAGAUGGAGGAGAUAUAACAAAGGAAUUCUUGGAGAAUGGUAAUUACGAGCUCGAAGUUAAUGGAAAACGAUAUGCAGUGGAUCUACAGCUGCUAACACAAGUGUGAUACUCGGGAUUGACGUCCCACCUUUGCCAGUCUGUGUUGGAUCCCCAGUUUGUACAAUGAAACCUUUUAUAUUUCUAUGAAAUAAGCAAUUGUCGUAGUAAUUACUAGCACAUAAGGCUAAAAAAUUCUGCAAAAUAAACAUUUUGUUAUCAACUUUC